AUGAUUUCAUUUAAGAGAUUACUUCAUUCAGUAGUGUUGAGAAACAAGAUAUUCGAAAGUGUUAGAGAUAUUCACGAUCAACUCGCCACUGACAAUUCAUUGAGAUGUGAUUGGUAUGAUCUUGGAUGUUUCCCAGAUCAGCUUAUCAAGUUCAAUUAUAUCGAAAGAUAUAAGAAGAUAUUCAAUACAUUAAUUAGAGAUAAAAUAAAUUAUAAUAGUUUUGCUACAAUAACAAAGUUUAGACUGUUAUAUUUAGAUUCAUUAAGGAAUGCAUUCGAUGUUGGAAAUCUAGAGGUUGUAGAGUUUAUCCAUUUGCUUUCAAAGGAUAUAGAAUAUUCAGAUUACCUAAAGAAGGAACACUACAUGAAUAAUCUAGAGCUCAUACAAUUCCUUGAUUACAAUGUCGAUCAACUAUUCAAACAUCAAGGUUCCAGAAUAUUGGAUAAUGUUGCACUUGGUAGUUUCCAUGUAUUCAAAUGGCUUUACGAGAAUAGAUCUGAAAGAAGUACCUAUGAUUCACUCUACAAUGCUGCUAGAAAUGGAAAUCUUGACAUUUUAAAGUAUUUGCUUGAAGAGAAUCAAAUGGGAGAAACAAAGAAUUUAUUAUUACCUGCUGCUGUGAAUGGACAUCUGGAAACACUUGAGUAUCUAGACAAGUCAGAGAACCUUACUGGACAAUUGCCAGAUAGCAUCAUAAUACAAGUGGUUAGAGGUGGUCACCUACCUACAGUCAAAUACAUCAUCGAGAACACCAAGCAAUACCUUCCAAAUAAUUUGAUUGUCACUGCCGCUAACAAUGGUCAUUUCGAUUUGGUUAAAUAUUUCCUAGAGAAUACGACUGCCUUGUUUAAUAGCGAUACAAUAGAUGCUGUUGCUGGUCAUGGUGAUCUCGAGUUUAUCAAACAACUUCACAACAACCCACGUUCGAAAUUUACAUCUACAGCAAUGCACAUGGCAGCAGUAAACGGACAUAUUGAAGUGGUCAGAUUCCUUCAUGAAAACAGAACUGAAGGUUGUCGAUAUGAUACAAUGACAGAGGUUGCAAUGAACGCUCAUUUCGAGACAUUCAAAUAUCUUUUUGAAAAUCAAAAAGAUUUGCAUAUCACAGAUAGCUUGAUGGACUACUUUGCCAAAUAUAAAGAUAGUAGUGCACUCCAAUGGUUAAAAGACAAUACAACUCUUCAGUGCUCAGAUUUUGCCUAUAGAUAUGCAAUACGUCAAGCAAAUCUACCAAUUAUCAAAUGGAUUCAUGAUAAUACAAGUCUCCUAUUUCCACAGAAUGCUAUGUAUUUAGCGACUAGUUGCCUAAACAAUGAUCUCAGAAUCGUUCAAUAUCUGCAUGAUAAUGGUGUAAUCUGUACUACAAAUGCAAUGGACAAUUGUCAUAAACUUUCAAUAUUAGAAUAUUUACAUUUUAAUCAAUCAAAAAGAUGUUCAUCAGAAGCAAUGGAAAAAGCUAUUGAAAAUGAAAAUGUUCCAAUCAUCAAAUUCCUUCUUCAAAAUAGCACUGAACAUUUAUUGAUGGAUUACUCUAAACAUGAUAUACAACGCUCUAAAACACUUGAUUAUUCAUCAAGAAUUGAAUUAAUAAAAAAACAUAAUCUUUAG